GAUCCCCAACCACACCGCCACACCACACCACAUUCCGGCGACAAAAUAAACACGCUCAACGAAUACACACACACCCACACACAGACUCUCACACACACCCACACCCACACGCCCACACAUACACACGCUCAAUCACUCACUCACUUACCCACACACACCCACCACCCACUGACACGAUACGACGCGAUUUGCCCGGGGAACAUACGUACAGGCCCUCGGACUUCGCCAUCAUCAUCGUCAUCGGUUCGCCACAAUUAAACCUGGCCCACGGAAAGCGAAACCAGACGUGAGUGUGAGAGUGAAUCAACCUGUAUCGCUUCGGCUGCUUCCUUGAGAGCACUGUUAUCGGCAAACAAGCCUACUAGUAGAGCUCGCAAAGCAUGUCCGGCACAACUAAACCCGAUUCCGGAGGCGGUGGGAAUCCACGGGCACAGUCUCCAGCGCCCCCUUUAGCUUCGCAGCCGGCGCAGCAGCCUGGUGCGAGCCCUGCGGGAGGACUCCUCACUGUCCCCGGUGGCCCUUCGCGAGGCAAUUCGCUCGACCAAGCGCACUCCGAUGGUGGUGACACCUUGGUUUCGCCGCCGUCAGCGGAUGGCCCCCGUGUACACGAGGAUCAUGAUGAAGACGCCGACCCUCUGAAGCCCGAUCCAGGAACGGAGAAGGACUUUCAGGUGCCCAAUAACGUCUUCGCGUUCUCUCCCGGCCAGAUGUCAAAGUUGAACAGUCCAAAGAAUAUCCCAGCCCUGAAGGCGCUGGGAGGAAUUGAAGGGCUGGCCGUUGGUCUGAGGACGGAUCUGAAGGCGGGAUUGAGUCUCGAUGAGACGACGCUUGAGGGCGCCGUCUCGUUUGCGGAUGCUACCGGUGGUGCCGAUCAGUUCGCAGUCGCGCCUGAUCUCUCUGCGCCGAAACGUGUGGGAACCGUGGGUGCGCAGCCAGCGACCGCGAAACUGCACCCCAACUCUUACAAGGAUAGACUGCGAGUGUUUGGAGACAAUCGCCUGCCGGAACGUAAAUCGCAGUCGCUUCUGCGGCUGAUGUGGAUCACGUUGAACGACAAGGUGUUGUUGUUGCUGUCCGCGGCGGCUGCUAUCUCUCUGGCAUUGGGAUUGUAUCAGACGUUCGGCGUCGAGCACGAUCCGAAUGAGGGUGCGUCGGUGGACUGGGUGGAGGGUGUGGCCAUCAUGGUCGCCAUUGCUAUCGUCGUGCUCGUCGGUGCCGGUAAUGAUUACCAGAAGGAACGCCAAUUCGUCAAGUUGAACAAGAAGAAAGAGGAUCGUACCGUUAAAGUCAUCCGCUCUGGAAAAUCCUUGGAAAUCUCGGUUUAUGAUCUUCUGGUCGGUGAUGUAUGCCAUCUGGAGCCCGGAGAUCUCAUUCCUGCCGAUGGUAUCUUCAUCACUGGUCACAAUGUCAAGUGCGACGAGUCUUCUGCAACCGGUGAAUCCGACCAGAUGAAGAAGAUGCCCGCCCUCGACGCUAUCGCACAGUACAAUACCGGAAAUGUCGACGUUCACAAGUUGGACCCGUUCAUCAUCUCUGGAGCAAAGGUUCUUGAGGGUGUUGGUACGUACGUGGUGACUGGUGUUGGUGUUCACAGCAGUUUCGGAAAGACUAUGAUGGGCUCGCGCGAGGAAUCCGAUGAUACUCCGUUGCAGAGGAAGCUGAACGAUCUGGCCGAGGCUAUUGCCAAGCUUGGUGGAGCUGCUGCCCUUUUGCUGUUCAUCGUUCUGCUCAUUCGCUUCUUGGUCAACCUCCGUGGUAGUGUGGAGACUGCCAGCGAAAAAGGACAGAAUUUCAUGCAAAUCCUGAUCACGGCCAUCACUGUCGUUGUCGUUGCUGUGCCCGAAGGUCUCCCGUUGGCGGUUACGCUUGCCCUUGCGUAUGCCACCACUCGUAUGUUGAAGGACAACAAUCUUGUCCGUGUCUUGCAGGCUUGCGAAACCAUGGGAAAUGCUACGACUGUGUGUUCGGACAAAACUGGUACACUCACGCAGAACAGGAUGACGAUCGUUGCGGGUACGGUAGGUGCCAACCAGAGCUUCGGCGACAGGCGCAAGGUGGAGGCGGAUGCCGUCCCCGAGAACAAAGAUGCCGAGACGGCGGCACAGGAAUCAUCUAUUGCGGCCUUCAUCACGGCUCUUCCGGAGAAUAUCAAGGAGCUCCUCUUGCAAUCAAUCGUCCAGAAUUCGACCGCUUUCGAGGGAGAGGAGGAUGGAAAGCCAACGUUCAUCGGAUCCAAGACUGAGACGGCCAUGUUGAUCUUUGCCCGCGACUACCUUGGAAUGUCCUCCGUCGGCGAGGCCCGUGCCAACGCUACCAUCACUCAGAUGAUUCCUUUCGAUUCCGGCAGGAAGUGCAUGGGAGUGGUCGUCAAACUUAGUGAUGGCCGGUUCCGCUUGAUGGUUAAGGGUGCCUCCGAAAUCGUGCUCAGACAAUGUUCUCGGAUCGUCACCUCUGACGGCAAGGAUGUCGACUUGACCCCCGAGGUUGAGGGCGAUAUCGGCGAAACAAUCUCUACAUACGCGAACCGUUCGCUCCGUACCAUUGGAUUGUUGUACCGCGAUUUCCCCGCGUGGCCCCCGGCUGGUGCGCGCCAGCUGGAGGAUGACCCUUCGCAGGCUGAAUUUGACGACGUUUUCGGAGACAUGACCUGGAUCGGUAUUGUCGGCAUUCAGGACCCCCUACGUCCCGGAGUCCGCGAGGCCGUGCUUCAAUGCCAGAAGGCUGGUGUCUUCGUCCGCAUGGUUACUGGUGACAACGUUAUGACUGCCAGGGCAAUCGCCGAGGAGUGUGGAAUCUACACCCCCGGCGGCCUGGUCAUGGAGGGCCCCAAGUUCCGCCAGCUUUCGCCGGCACAGAUGGAUCAAGUCAUUCCGAGAUUGCAGGUGCUUGCACGGUCGAGUCCCGAGGACAAGCGUAUACUGGUUAAAAGAUUGAAGGAGUUGGGAGAGACUGUUGCGGUGACUGGUGAUGGAACGAACGAUGGUCCGGCCUUGAAGAUGGCAGACGUCGGUUUCUCGAUGGGAAUUGCUGGAACUGAGGUCGCCAAGGAGGCCUCUGCGAUUAUUCUGAUGGACGACAAUUUCUCCAGCAUUGUCAAGGCGCUCAUGUGGGGACGCGCUGUCAACGACGCUGUCAAGAAGUUCCUCCAGUUCCAACUGACUGUCAACAUCACUGCUGUGCUUCUUACCUUCGUUUCCGCCGUCGCCUCCGACGACGAGACCUCAAUCUUGUCUGCGGUGCAGUUGCUCUGGGUGAAUCUGAUCAUGGACACCUUUGCUGCUCUUGCGUUGGCUACCGAUCCGCCUGCUCCGUCCAUCCUGGACAGAAAGCCCGAUCCCAAAUCUGCACCUCUCAUCACCGUCAACAUGUGGAAGAUGAUCCUUGGCCAGGCGGUCUAUCAGCUUGCGGUCACAUUCGUCAUGAACUUCGCCGGACUGAAGAUCCUCGGUUAUCCGGACGACGAAGAAGGAUACGCACACCUCAAGGCUUUGAUCUUCAACACCUUCGUUUGGAUGCAGAUUUUCAACCAGUACAACAACCGUCGCUUGGACAACAAGUUCAACAUUCUCGAGGGAAUCUCCAAGAAUUGGUUCUUUAUCGGAAUCAACGUUGUUAUGGUUGGUGGUCAGAUCAUGAUCAUCUUCGUGGGAGAUAAAGCAUUUUCGGUCAGGCGUCUGGACGGUGUCCAGUGGGCAAUCUCCAUUAUUCUCGGAGCCAUCUCACUUCCCGUUGCCGUCGUCAUCCGCUUGAUUCCCGACGCGGCGUUUGCCAAGAUUCUGCCCGACAUCAUGAAACGAAAGCGCGAGGACCCCGCCGUCUACGUGUCAUCUGACGAGGACCGCUUCGAGUGGAACCGCGGAAUCGAAGAGAUCCGCCACGAGCUUUCGUUCUUGAAGAUGGUCCGUGGUGGCCGGCUUAAUCAGCUCAAGUUCAAGCAGCAGCACAUCAAGGACAACUUGUCGCACAUGCUGCGCAGUGGCUCCAAGUCGGAGUUACCAGAGCCUACCAUCGAGGACAGAGUUGCGCCACCGACGUCGGCUGGAUCUCACCGCCGCAGGCGAUCUCGCUCCAACUCUACGGUUUUUGCCGCCGCCGCAAUGGUUCCGUCCAUCGUGGCCGGAAGUAUCGGUGGCUGGUCGCCUGUAGAGAAGGCGCCUUCACCGUCGAAGGAAGGGGCUGGCGAUUUACUCUUCAGCUCGCAGUCGGAGCAGGAGAGGGCUAGUGGCUCAUUACACCCCGGAACCGUGCAGGGCGACCUACCCAUCGAACCCGCCGCACCUACACCCGAACCGCGUUCCAAGUGAGAUUCCGAUGUAAUUGUACCUUUCUAAUGUCUUUCUUUCUUUCGGUGCUGUACGGGUAGAGGCAGGGAAGGAGGAGCUUGGAGGGAUAAAAGUGAAAGUACAAGAUACCACAUAGAUUGGAACGGGUGGAUA